CACCACUAGUUCAUACCUACGUAACACUCAAACAAUCUUCUCUGUUUCUGUCCCGCAAUCUAGCUUUUACAAGCAAAGAUAUGGCCUGCAACAUUAAGGCUCUUUCCCUUAACCACCAAAUACUUUCAGGUACCACUGUUGAGAGGAAAAUGGGCACUGCUUCGGCUGCUAAUGUGUCUGUGGUUCCUGAAACAGUGACCAAAACCUUGCCUGCUUCGACCACUUUGACCAUAAAAGCUCCUCAGCCAGAGAGAUUACUGAUUAAAACCGUUGAUAGAAAAGAGAUUAAUCAUGGGAAAUUUGGGAGGUUUGGAGGGAAGUAUGUGCCUGAGACCCUCAUGAGUUGCUUGGGGAAACUUGAAGCUGAGUUCAACUUGGUUUUGCAUGAUUCUGAGUUUCAGGAGGAGCUCACAACAGCAUUGCGGGACUAUGUUGGAAGGGAGACACCUUUAUACUUUGCUCAGCGGUUGACGGAUCACUACAAGAACAGUCGAGGAGAGGGGCCAGAGAUUUACCUGAAGAGAGAGGAUCUCAGCCAUGGUGGUGCUCACAAGAUCAACAACGCGAUAGCGCAGGCAAUGAUUGCCAAACGCAUGGGGCGGAAAACCAUUGUGGCUGCCACGGGCGCUGGUCAGCAUGGAGUUGCAACAGCUGCUGCAUGUGCCAAACUUUCACUGGAGUGUACCAUCUUCAUGGGAGCCACAGAUAUGGAAAAACAGGCUUCUAAUGUCCUACUGAUGAAGCUUCUUGGUGCUAAGGUAGAAUCUGUUGAGGGGGCAUUCAAAGAGGCGAGUUCACAAGCGAUCCGAGAGUGGGUGGGGAACCUGGAAACCAGCUAUUACCUGACAGGAACAGUCGUAGGGCCACAUCCAUGUCCGAGCAUGGUACGUGAAUUUCAAUCUGUUAUUGGGAAGGAAACAAGAAGACAGGCGAUGGAGAAAUGGGGCGGCAAACCUGAUGUGCUCGUGGCUUGCAUAGGGAGUGGAUCCAAUGCCUUAGGUUUGUUCCACGAAUUCAUAAAUGACGAAGAUGUAAGGUUGAUUGGGGUUGAGGCUGCUGGGUUUGGGCUGGACAGCGGCAGACACUCUGCAACUCUAGCUAGAGGAGACGUUGGUGUGUAUCAUGGGGCAAUGAGCUAUCUGUUGCAAGAUGCGGAAGGACAAAUUUUGGGGCCACAUUCCAUUGGUGUGGGGCUUGAGUACCCGGGGGUUGGACCUGAGGUCAGCUUUUUAAAGGAAACAGGUCGUGCAGAGUUCCAUUCUGCAACCGACCAAGAAGCCAUUGAUGCAUACCGACGGCUAUGCAAAUUGGAAGGCAUAUUCCCAGCGUUGGAGGCCUCUCAUGCAUUGGCCUUCCUGGAGAAACUAUGUCCAACUCUUGCCAAUGGAACCAAGGUUGUGGUGAACAUCAGCGGCCGCGGGGAUAAAGACUCGGACAUUGUCUUCCAGUACAAACCCCAUUCAAUGACUUAAAUCUUAUGCCGUAGUAACAAAUUAUUGAUUUCUAAUUAUUUUAGAUGCUGCCGACACCCUAAAUAAUUGAAAAUAGGGACUUAAAAAUUAGAAUAUUCAGAUGUCAAGAUUUGCCUUUGGAUGUUGGCCUGAUAAUGGGGACAAUACUGAAGGAGUUGUCGAUAAUAAAGAAAAGGCACAUAUGUGAUGACCAGCGUGGUUCUACCUCCGCGGGACUUCUACUGUUAAA